GAAGGUCAAACAAGUUGGCCUGCGGUAGUGCGCGCGCUACCACCUUCCAGCUGUGAUGUUGUUGUCGCGGCUACGGUUGGCAUGCGAUGCGAUGUUGUUGCGAUCCGGGCAGCCGUUGCAACGAAUUUUAUUUUCGCAUAUUGUCAGUGGCGAGUGUCAUUUACUGAAAUCACGCCAGGCCCUAUACACCGUGAGCAAGUGCUUCAAUCACAUUCGAAAUCAUAGAAAAUUGCUGGUACCUCAGGCGACUGCAGAGAUGUCUUCCACUGCGGGAAAACCAUUAUACACGAAUCGACUCGCCAAGGAGCGGUCGCCUUACCUCCUACAACAUGCGCAUAACCCGGUCGACUGGUAUCCGUGGGGUCCUGAAGCCUUCGAGAGAGCUGUUGCAGAAAAUAAGCCCAUAUUUUUAUCAAUUGGAUAUUCAGCUUGUCACUGGUGUCAUGUAAUGGAAAGGGAAUCUUUCGAAAGCAUACAAAUUGCGGAGAUAUUGAAAAAGUCCUACAUUGCAAUCAAGUUGGAUAGAGAGGAGAGGCCUGAUAUUGAUCAAAUCUACAUGACUUAUGUGCAGAAAACAACAGGAAGUGGAGGCUGGCCACUGACAUUGUUUCUCACGCCAACAUUGGAGCCGCUUUAUGGUGGAACUUAUUUUCCUCCUCAGGAUGGCAAUGGAAGGGUUGGAUUAAAGGGUCUGCUGGAUUUGGUUGCCAGACAAUGGCAAGUUGAACACGUUAAACUUACAAAAGAAGCUAAAAAUUCUUUAAAAUUACUUCAAUCUCAACUCACCACUAGUCUGAGUGCUAAAAAUAAAAAUGUACCUGGUGAAAUCUGUUGGAAAAAAUGCUAUGACACAAUGGUGAAAUUAUUUGUUCCUACUUAUGGAGGAUUCUCCACAUCGCCCAAGUUUCCACAGACGUCACUUCUUAACUUCUUGCUGCAUGUGUACUAUCAGCGUCCCAAUGAAGCCGAAGGUAAGAAAGCCCUGGAAAUGGUGUUGAUUACCCUCCGCAAAAUCGGCUGCGGAGGAAUUCACGACCAUGUAGGCUCUGGUUUUGCGCGUUACUCUGUUGACGGACAAUGGCACGUCCCGCACUUCGAAAAAAUGUUAUACGAUCAGGCGCAACUUGCAAUGACAUACACCGACGCAUAUGUUGCGUCCAAAGAUCCUUUCUUCAUGGACAUGGCUGAAGAUAUCCUCAAGUAUGUAUCGCGUGACUUGACACAUAAACAGGGAGCAUUCUACGGCGCAGAAGAUGCUGAUUCGUAUCCGACAGCGGAUGCAACUGAAAAGAAAGAAGGCGCGUUCUACGUGUGGACCAUGGACGAGCUGAAGGAGAUUCUUCGAGAUGAGAAGGUAUUAGAGGUGUUUUGUUACCACUUCGGCGUGAAAGAGGAAGGAAACGUGGAUGCUAGCCUGGAUCCACAUCAUGAGCUGCGCGGUCAGAAUGUUUUAUGUAAUUUUGAACCUGCAAGCGUUACUGCUGAGAAGUUUAAUUGUUCAGAAGAUGUGGUUAAGACUUUGGUGCGUACAUGCCUGGAUUUGCUACUUGUGGAACGCGGAAAACGUCCAAGACCUGCAGCUGAUACGAAAAUUGUCACCGCGUGGAAUGGGUUAAUGAUUGCAGCGUUUGCUAAGGCUGGAUUUGCUUUCAACAACGUGACGCAUAUUAAACGUGCGGUUAAAGCCGCGAGUUUUGUCAAAGAGAGAUUAACAUCUGCUGAUGGCAGUUUAUAUCGGUGUUGUUAUGGGGAUCGUGAUAGUGUUAAACAAAAUGCUCAACCUAUUCCUGGUAUUCUGGAGGAUUAUGCGUUCACAAUUCGUGGUAUGAUUUAUUUGUAUGAAGCUACAUUGGAUGGAUCAUGGUUGGAGUGGGCUGAGCAAUUGCAAACUUUGCAAAAUCAAAAGUUUUGGGAUGGUGAGCAUGGCUCGUUUUUCCAAAGUCAUGGUGAUGAUGAAUUUGCCAUCGUGCGGGAUAAAGAAUCUCAAGAUGGUGCUGAACCAUGUGGUAAUUCCGUAUCAGCACACAAUUUAAUUCGGCUGGAUCAUUACCUCAACCGGGAAGAUUUCCGUAGUAAAGCUUCAAAAAUAUUCAAAGGAUUUUCUAGUAUGCUUAAUGAACAUCCCAUUGCUUUGCCUGAAAUGACUUCAGCGCUAAUGCUGUUUUACAACCAGCCUUACCAAAUAUUUAUUGCUGGUAAACGCCGAGCGCCUGACACCGAAGCUCUGCUGGAAGUAGUGCGCAAUCAGUUUCUACCUGGUCAUGUAUUGGUUCUUGCCGAUGGACCCAACGGCAAGAGUAUGUUGCUUUACAUGCGUAAUCAAACUCUGGAAUGCCUCCAUCCUGUUGGUGGACGUGCUGCUGCUUAUGUUUGCAAGGAAUUCGCUUGUAGCAUGCCGGUAACAACUCCGGAGGAUUUGCAGAAAUCUUUAAGCGGUGAACUUCAGGCCACGCGAGCCCAGUCUGCUGACUGUAGUUCCGAGUCAGAUUGAGCAUCUUGCUCUGUUUUAAUUUGUUAUUUCGGUUUUUACUAACACAAAUUCUAUUGUAGUAUUUUUGUACUGCAAAUUUUGAUUAUUGAUUUUAUUUGUUGUACAGGCAAAGAUAGCCACAAUACUCAAAUUUUUGUUAUGCAUUGAUGCAAUUGAACUAUUUGAUUGAUACACGAAGUGUUUCACAAAUAAACUAUUAACGAAUA